AUGAAAAGUGAUUUCGAGAAAGAAAGUACAAGCAAUAUUUUAAAAAAAUAUGGCAUAUUUUUCAAGAUGCAGUAUCAGGUUUUGGCAUUCAAUUGCAAUAAUGAAAUACUAGAUGAUAAUAAAACAUUUUUGCCGAUUCAAUUACUCAUGAGUCCACACGAGCUCGUACCAAUUACUGAGUUAGUAGUAUCGGAUAACACAUUUAUGACUAAAGUUUUGAGUGUGUUUACUUCCUUAUGUGUUGAAGUAAAUAACUUGAAAGAGGAAGCCUUUGAAAAGUAUUUUAUCUACUUGGCUGCUUAUGAAAAAUAUGAAACAGAAGAUGUGAGUUCCCAGAUGGAAAUGAUAUGCUUACUCUGCGCAUUUAUCAUUCGAUGUGAUGAAACUUUAAGAAACAUGUGCAACCAAGUUUUUGCUUUGUUUUCCGAUGGAACUGUUAAUCUCAAUUGCAUUCAACUACACUAUAUCAUCAACCACAUUGGAGAGAUAUUUACUAUUCUUGUCUUACUUGAAAUACUGAUAGCCAAUACUUCAAUGCCCACAAAUUGGAAUAAAUUUUGCAAAACAUUAAAAACAUACCAUAACAAGAACUCGGCAGCUUUAGAUAUUACUGAAGAGAAAUUUAAUGCAAUGAUGGGGGCUAUUAAUAACAUCACAGUCAAAAUAAUGAAUGAUGAUAUUGUACAAAAAUCAUUACAAAGUGUAUCACUAUUGAGAAAGAACUUGAUUGACAAGAAUUGUUCUAUGAUAGCAACAGAGUUUUCACACUACCUUAAACAGGGAAUUAUAAAUUUGGACAAACUUGUACAGGAACAACCCAAUGUUCGAAAUAUGUACAAAUGUAUUAAAAUUAAUAGUUUAUUUGUAUUGUCUUCACAAUUGUUUGGUAAUGUAGACAAGAAGAUAUUUAAGUCAUUAGUGGAAUUGAACACAAAGGCACACAGUGUUCAUGUGAUUGGAACAACUAUGUGGUAUCCUGAGCAAUUUCUACAGAAACAUGCCCCUGCACUUUGUGCAAAACAGGAAAAAUUAUCACAAACUAUGUUGAAAACACGGCAAUCGUAUAUCAAUAUGAAAAAAACUAGCCUAUCUCGUGAUAUAAUUAAUCUUCAAAUAGUAUGUGGUCAAUGGGUGUUAAAUAUUGAAGAUUUCUUUUCUGCUGAUCAUCAUAGGCUUAGUGCUGCUGAAAUGAAUUUACAUUCCAGAACUCUUUUAAAUGGCUUGGACCUAGCAUCCAGAAUCAAUCAUGAAGUUUUGACAUUGAUAAAUUUACAUCUUUCCCUUGGGAUACCUCUUCCAAAGAGUAUGUUAAUGUUGGUAUUUGAGAUAAUCAAUAUUUUAAAAUCAAUGCUGAAUGCAAUAUCACGGCAUAGAAGCCAAAUAAUUUUAUCUAUCAAUAUGGUCAUUCAACAUUUUGUAUUCCAAGCAACAUCAACAAUAUUAGAAGUAAAGAAAUUAUUAGUUUCAGACAAGAAUUUCGCAAAUAAAAGAUUGGAUGAACUUACAUGCAUCGUUAUUGCAGAAAAAGCACUUCGUGGCGUAGCUACAAUUGAACGAAAUGUAGUAGCUAACACAGCACUGAGCUUUAUACCUGAAAGUACUUAUUUAGAAGACAGCUAUGUAAAGCUUGGUUUGUUGUUAGAGAAUGUUCAAACAUUGACAAACUUGAUGAAAUCAAUGGAAAGUUUUUGCAAUUGCUCUUGGCUGUUCUGGCAUCAGAACAUAUUUCCAAUUUACUUUGAUCAAAACUUUUCUAUGCAAUUGAGUACUUUAAAAUUAAAAUACUUCUUAAUGGCCUUAGAAGACUGUACGGUGCUAUUACAUAAAACAGAUAAAUUAUUUGAUAGUAAUAUAAAAGAAGAUUUUAUGGAAACAGUUAAAAAGUACAUGGAACAAAAAUUUAUCAAAGGUGCAAGUCAGAAUAUUGAAACAAAUUUACGAUUGCAUAUACAUUCACAUCUUCAACUUGAUGUAAUCAAUCCAUUUACUUUUGAAAUGGUAAAAAAAUUGCUUCUAGCAAUUAAUACUUUUAGAGUUCAGUACAUUUACAUGUGUGUUGUGCCAUCAGUUGAACACUAUCUUUCAACAAUGUUCUACAACCUAACUACCGUUGUAUUAUCAGAUUGGAAAACUUAUGGUGAAAUGAGACAAAUGGCGAGACUAAAAUUCAAUUUAAAAACGGUUCAAGAUAAUCUCCCAACUCAGACUCUGGAGCAGGGCCUAGAUAUACUAGAGAUUAUGCGCAACAUUCAUAUAUUCGUUUCGAAGUAUCUUUACAAUCUAAACAAUCAAAUAUUUAUUGAAAGAAGCAGCAACAAUAAACACUUGAGCUCAAUUAACAUUCGACAUGUCGCCAAUUCUAUACGGACUCAUGGUACUGGGAUAAUGAACACAACAGUGAAUUUUACAUACCAGUUUUUAAAAAAGAAGUUCUUUACAUUUUCUCAGUUCAUGUAUGAUGAACAUAUAAAAUCCAGGUUAAUUAAAGAUCUUAGAAUCUUCAAAGAAACCACUGAUGGAAACUACAGCUACAUGUAUCCAUUUAAAAAUGCAGAAAGAUUUAACAAGGGUAUAAAGGUGUUGGGACUUUCAGAGGAUGGACAGAGUUACUUAGAUCUGUUUCGAGAUCUUAUUAGUCAAAUUGGAAACGCCAUGGGAUAUGUUAGGAUGAUUAGGUCAGGCGGCCGACAUUGCUGUUCGGAUGCGACUGUUUUCCUGCCAAAUCUGGAAGAUGUUGUUAAUUUCAAAGAACUAUGCCAAAAAGAGGCUCUUGGGCCCCAGACUGUUCAAUCAGCGGAAAUUCUAGAUCAGAACACAAACGACCUUAUUUCCAACUUUAUUCAAGGAACUGAAUAUUUCAAGCUGCUGGUAGACGUGUUCUCACCCGUUUUCCGAAAUCCUAAGAAUGUUCAUUUGAAGAAUUUUUAUAUUAUUGUUCCUCCAUUGACACUUAAUUUUGUGGAACAUCUAAUCUUGUCGAAAGAUAAAAUGUCGAAAAAGAAUAAAAUAGGAGCUGCUUUUACUGAUGAUGGUUUUGCUAUGGGAAUUGCUUACAUACUGAAAUUACUAGAUCAGGAUUCUAAUUUUGAAUCUCUACACUGGUUUGAAUCAGUAUGGAAACACAUUGAUGACGAAAGAAAGUUACUAGAAGAACAGAAAAACAAAGGAACCAUUCAAUUACAACAAGCCUUAGCAUUGACCGAGAAGAAAAUAAAAACAUUAGAAGAAGAGUACAAACUCCUCUAUUACAGUCUUACAAGUGCCAGAAUAUUUUUUCGUUAAAUUAUUUAAAGUCGGCGAUGAGUGUUGAAGUCUACUCUAUUUAAACUAUUAAUAGGCAUAUGCUGGGUUAAGUCCGGACGAAAUCGUAAGCACUAUAGCUGAGACGGCUUACCUGAAGCGUUCGUUUGGAGAUCCACGCUGCACCAUCUUGACAAUAGGGAUUCAAACAAAUGUUGCUGAUUUUGAUUGAAAAGUGUUGUCAUUCUUGUUCAAUUUAAAAAUCAACAAAUGAACUCUUAUAAAAAAAGCUACGGAAAUAUUUAUCUAAUAUAAUAACAUAUUGAGUUUAAUAAGGACCAAAAAAAACAUUAUUUCUUGAAGGUAUUUUCGGUUAAUAAAUAAUAAUUUAAUUAAGUAACAGUGACUCAACGAUUUCUGUUACCCCUUUCGUUCAGGCUAUUCUAAUUUCUAUAUAUAUAUAUUUAUUGCUUUGUUGGAUGGACGAGCUCACAGCCCACCUGAUGUUAAGUGGUUACUGGAGCCCAUGGACAUCUACAACGUAAAUGCGCCACCCACCUCGAGAUAUAAGUUCUAAGGUCUCAGUAUAGUUACAACGGCUGCCCCACCCUUUGAACCGAUAUAUUUGUAAUGUCAUGAGGUAAACUCUAAUGAGAUAUUAUUAUCUUACACUGUAAUUGUAGAGUAGAAGGAGGUGUUUAAUACAUGGACCACUGUGGUGCGUCAUUUAUGGUUUACGUCAUCACGUUACAAUAGCAAAAUUUCAAAAUAUAUAAAGAAAUUCCAAAAAGUAUUGCACUCACAUUUUAUAAUGAUCAUCUUUAAAUGCUUUUAGAUUGUUUUUUGUCACAUACCGCAAAUAUUAAUCUAAUAUAUCUGAAUUGUAAAAUAAUUAUAUUUUAUCAAUUUAUUGCGACCUACUUGUUAUAUUUCGAACAGUGUUUGGCACCGCAGUAAAAAGUUUAGUUGCAAAGCAACAGAGCUGUCAUUUAUAUUUUUAUAAUUUUUAAAUUUUGUUUCUAAAGUCAUUAUGGAAUAAACUGUCAGCCAUGAAAGUCGCAUCAUAAUUUUAUUUUAUUGUAAAAAUCUUCCUCCUCACAAAUAUAAAUAUCUAAAUAAGAAACCGUCCGCUACAUGGUCCAUCGAGCCGAGAUACCCAGGAAAUAAGGGAAGUGAUCAAAGUUUGAUAUUCAGGACAUAAUUUAGUGAUGUGUAACCCAUUACUCUGUUUUUUGUUUAGAUUAUUUAUAUUUAUCAUAUUACAAGCUGGGUUAACUAUGUGGUUUGUUUAAUGUGUUUUUGUUGGCAUUUUUUUGGUAAUAGUCUAUGUCUCUCACACUUGUAAAAUUAUUAUUUAAUUAUUAAUUAUAGGUGCGUAGAUAAGUGUGACUGUAUAGUUCAUUUUAGUUGUCAUUAUAGCUCAAUUUUUCAAUUAUAACUUCUAUCAAUGCCAGAUUAACUAGCCCGCUUCUGCCCAAAUACUUCCAAAAUGAGUGAGAAAGAUCAAAAAGAGCUAGUUAAAAAACGAGCUAGUCUAAAAGGCCGAUUGACUACAUUCCGAAAGUACAUCGAGGAAUUGAGCGGUACGUUGAAUCAGCAACAAGUAAAUGAAUUGCAAUUAAGAAUUGGUAAGAUCGAAUUAUUAUUUGAACAAUAUGACGUAGUACAAACUAAAAUAGAAUGCCUCGCUGACGAUUUCAGCUCGCAAAGCACAGAGAGAGAAGAUUUCGAAUCGAUUUAUUACAAAUCCCUUUCACAGGCUCAGGAGAUUCUUUCUCGUAAUUCUAAAUUGUUACAAACCGAUGCGCAUAGUUUUGAGAGUUGUUCUCAUGUGAGCAAUCAUCACCUGGUUAAAUUACCUACCAUUAACCUACCCAAAUUUAAUGGUUCAUAUAACAACUGGUUGGAAUUCCAUGACACCUUCAGUAGUCUUAUACAUUCGAACGAGGCGAUAGGAGAAAUUAAUAAAUUCCACUACCUCAGGGCCUCGCUAGAAGGCUCUGCUGCUGUACUACUUCAGGAGAUUCAGUUCUCUGCCAGCAACUAUUCUGUGGCGUGGAAGCUGUUAUGUGAGAGGUACGAUAAUAAGCGCCUAUUAAUUCAAACACAUGUUAAUAAUUUAUUUAAUAUAGACGCAAUAAAGAGUGAAUCUUCGUUUAAUUUAAGACGUUUCAUAGAUCAGCUGAAUAAAAGCCUGAGAGCUUUAGAGUCGCUAGGCGAACCGACUGAUCAUUGGGACACUCUUCUCAUCCACAUGAUGAGUCGUAAAAUCGAACAGAAGACGCUGCGUGAAUGGGAAGAGUGCAAAGGUCGUCUUGAUAAAGAAAAGCCCAUUUCUUUGUCCAUAUUUCUCGAUUUCAUUCGUAACCGGGCCGAUCUUUUAGAAACGAUGGAAUUUACUUGCCCUAACCUUCCUCACACACAAGUUCAGCCACCACAGUCGCCUAAAGGUCAGAAAAUUAAAACAUUAGUUUCUGUCUCCGGAACGCAGCCGUCGUCGAGUGGCGGCGCUAGUAUUAUUUCUGGUUCCGGUACAACAUCGUGCCCACACUGUAAGGGUGAGCAUUAUCUUUAUAAUUGCGAUAAAUUUCUGAGCCUUAAUAGUGAGCAGAGAUGGGAAUUAAUUCCUCAGCUCAAGGUGUGUUACAACUGCUUUCGUAGUGGUCAUUAUUCGAAUCGCUGCAGAAAAGGUGGUUGUACUUUAUGUAAGCGUAGGCAUAAUACGCUGCUGCACACCUCUUUUAAUAAUAAACAGAGAAUUAAUCAGCCCGCUCCUAGGCAUGACACUACGGCAAUCGCUUCCGCCAUCCAGCCUGAACCUCCUGGUAACCACGGCCUAACGUUAGCCACGUAUUCUGCCGCCGCACCUUCAGAGAUUAGUAAAAAUGGUAUAUUUGCGACGGCUCUCGUUAAAAUUGUCGAUAGUAAUGGUCACGAGCACAUCAUACGUGCUCUUCUGGAUUGUGCGAGUUCGUCUUGCAUCAUUAGUGAGAAAACUGGUCGCUUAUUGAAUGCCAAGUAUAUUAAUAUAGAUAAACCUAUUUUCGGCAUCGAUAAGACUAGAACUAACACUUCAAAAAUGUGUUGUUUCUUUCAGUUCACGCACUGAAAAUUAUUCCAAAUGUCUUCUUUGUUAUGUAUUGCCGUCCAUAACUGAUGACGUGCCUUGCCAUUCAUUUGAUGUUUCGCAUUUAAAUAUUCCCGCUAAUAUUAUUUUAGCUGAUCCCCAAUUUUAUAUGGCGUCAGAAAUUGACAUGAUAAUUGGAUCUAAUAUCUUUUGGGAUCUGCUCGGGACGCGAAAGAUCAAUCUGGGAGAUAACAUCUCUAUCCUCUGGGAAACUCGACUUGGCUGGUUGGUGGUUUCCGGGGAUCUAAGUGAUGGUCAUGGAUAUGCUCCCCUAAUGUGCAACUUUACAAAACUUACAGACAUUUCUCAAGAUCUUGAUCUCGGCGUUGAUGACACUCAGAACUUGCUGUCGCGGUUCUGGCAGCCGAAGGAAGUCGGCCUUAAGUCAUCAUACUCCGAGGAGGAACGAAAAUGUGAAGAACAUUUCGUUAAAAAUACGAAGCGUCUAGCUGAUGGUUGUUUUCGUGUGCGUGUACCCUUAAAACGAUCUGCGGACUGGUUAAGUGACGGACAACUCUAGUUACCUUGCCGUAAUGUCUUAAGCAGAUCGGCCUUAAAUGCAGUGACAAGAAGAUCUCAGAGAUCAUCAUUCACGACUUCUACGUGAAUGAUUUCCUCACGGGGUCUGACUCAUUUCAGGAGGCGUUGGACAUUAAGAAAAAGUUGCCGCCGCAGAGCUCGCCUGCGCCAGGAUGCCUCUGCGCAAGUGGAAGUCCAACGAUCCUCUACUCUGUCUUACUAGUGAUCCGUGCGACGAUAGUUCGUCCCUCAGUUUAAAUAUCGGAUCCCUUGAGUCGUGUAAGACAUUAGGCCUCAAUUGGCAGACAGCCACAGAUGAGUUUUCUUUCUCUGUCGAUUCGUGUGAAGCCUCGCCUUCUACGAAAUGCUCUAUGCUUUCUGUCACUGCACGCAUUUUUGAUCCCAUGGGGUUAGUUUCUCCCUGCAUCGUUCCUAUUAAAAUACUAUUGAAGCGGCUAUGGGUUCAUAAGGUUAUCAUGGGACGAACAGCUCCCAUUUGAAAUAGCCAAAAUUUGGGCUAAUUUAAUUAAAAGUCUUCCGCUUUUAAAUAAUUUACGCAUCCCUCGCCUUAUUGGUUGCGAGGCUUAUACUUACGUGGAUCUCCACAUGUUUACAGAUGUGUCGCAAAGCGCAUAUGGUGCUUGCCUUUACGUGCCAAGCGCGGACGUGUAUGGACGAAUCAAGGUCUCGUUACUUAUUGCCAAAAGUAAAGUAGCUCCAUUAAAGCUAACGACGAUCCCUCGGUUGGAGCUCUGCGGGGCUCUGGUAGGAGUGCGCCUCUAUGAGAAGGCUAUUGAUUCACUCCGGGUUCAGGUCAGGCAUACUACUUUUUGGACUGACUCGACGAUUGUGUUAGGCUGGCUUAAAAUGUUGCCUAGUAAAUUACAGCCUUUCGUUCGCAAUCGUACGGUGGAGAUCAUGGAGAAAACCGUGAACUGUACCUGGCGUCAUGUUCCCACUGAUGAAAACCCUGCUAAUCAUAUUUCUCGCGCCGUCGAAGUCGUAAAUUUGCAGGGUCUAGAUCUGUGGUGGUCAGGUCCUCAAUUUCUGCAGCAAGACUGCUCUCAGUGGCCUUCCAAUUCAGGCCGGUACAGCGACUCCAAACUCCCUGAAGUUCGUCCUGAAGUCUCGUUGCACCUUUCAGUUCCACGUGAUGAUUCAUUUAUUGAUUUCAGCCGAUUCUCAAACCUGUCUCGACUAAACCGUGCUGUAGCCUAUGCAUUGAGAUUCAUAAAUGUAUGCAGAAAGCUAUAUCCAUAAAUCAGUCAUUUAAGCUCUAAAGAGUUACAGAACGCUUUGAACUUGAUUAUUAGGAAAGCUCAGUCUGAUUCGUUUGUCGAAUACAAGCUCCUAACUCAGGGACAUUCGUUAUCUCCUAAAAAUCCCCUCAACAAGUUCAAUGUCUUUCUUGAUGACGCUCAAAUUAUGCGUGUUGGUGGCAAGUUUGGAAACGCGUCGGAGUUUUCGUAUGAGAAAAAAUAUCCUAUAAUCCUACAGUCCACUCACAUUCUCACAAAACUCGUAUUCAAGGCUGAACAUAUUAGGCUUAUGCACGCUGGACCCCAACUAUUAUUAGCUUCUAUAAGAGAAGUCCACUGGCCUAUUGGCGGUCGCAAUUUGGCCAAGACCACUUACCAUAAUUGUAUAAGAUGUAUUCGCAUGCGAGCACAAACAGUUACUCCUCUUAUGGGAAAUUUACCUGUGCACCGCCUCACUCCUGGUCGCCCGUUCGAGUGUGUAGGCAUCGACUACGCUGGACCCAUCUCGUCCGCUAACCGCCUUAGUCGAGGUUGUAGAAUCGUUAAGGUCUACAUCGCGAUUUUUGUAUGUUUCAAAACAAAGGCGAUCCAUAUCGAAUUAGUAGGUGAUUUAACCAGCAAUAGUUUUCUCUCUGCGCUACGCCGGUUUGUAUCGCGGAGAGGUAAGGCUACUCAUAUAUAUUCGGACAAUGGUACAUCAUUCGUCGGUGCGUAUAAAUAAAUCGGUACAUUCUUAAAAUCCAAUUGCAAUUCUUUGCCUGAUGCUUUGGUCGAAGAAGGUAUUAACUUCCACCUGUGUCCACCUUACUCUCCUCAUUUUGGGGGUCUUUGGGAGGCGGGGGUUAAAUCUAUUAAAUUCCAUAUGCACAGAGUAUUGGGAAAUUGUAAUUUAACUUAUGAGGAAUUGAUCACUGUCCUAACGCAAAUCGAAGCAAUAUUGAAUUCUCGGCCGCUGACUCCACUAUCAAGCGAUCCCGAUGACAUGAUGCCGCUUACUCCUGGGCAUUUUCUCAUUGGCCAGCCCCUUACUGCAAUGCCUGCUGCUGAGUACAAGGACUGCCGGCUAAGCAAUCUCACCAGGUUCCAGCGGUUAGAGCUUAUGCGACAACAUUUUUGGGCCAGAUGGUCAAAGGAAUACAUUAGUGAGCUGCAGCAAAGAACAAAAUGGCGCACCAAUCAGUCAUCGCUGAAGCUUCACAGCCUGGUUGUGGUGAAGGAAGACAAUCUCCCGCCACUUAAAUGUAGACUGGACCACAUAGUAGCUGUCUAUCCAGGGUCCGACGGAGUCAACCGGGUCGCAGACAUUCGUACCUCAAGCGGAGUCAUCAAGAGAUCUUUUAAUAAGAUUUGUCCCCUGAUUGCGGAUUAGUUUUGGGUUGAAAGGAAACCUUUCAACAUCCGGGGGCAUGUUUGGCACCGCAGUAAAAAGUUUAGUUGCAAAGCAACAGAGCUGUCAUUUAUAUUUUUAUAAUUUUUAAAUUUUGUUUCUAAAGUCAUUAUGGAAUAAACUGUCAGCCAUGAAAGUCGCAUCAUAA